CCCUCGGGCGCCAGGGGGCCGACUCUGAAGGCCGGGCUGUUUGGGGCCGCACCGGGCCUGCGCGACCCCGACUGCUCCCGGCUGUGCCCAAACUCUCGGUGAGCCCAGGACGCGCAGUCGGUAGCUGGGAGCCCAGGCGCUGGGGAGGCAGCGACGGGACCGAACUGCAAGACCAAGGGCGGCAAAAGGAAGCGAACAAAUAGUCCCCAGCGCCUCCUCCGACCGCAGUCAGGCGUGUGGUCCCAGUAGCCGCCGAGCUGGCCGAGCCAGGCUGGGCCAAGUCCGGUGCACUGUCCGGGGCCCGCGGGCUCUAAUUGCAUGGCUUAUGUUGAUGAUGAUGAUUUUUUUUUUUAAUCACAGCAGCCCCCAGUUUAGCGGACUGAUUUACUCCUGGUAUUGGUAAAUAUGAUCACGUGGGCCGCGCGACCAAUGGUGGAGGCUGCAGCCUGCGAACUAGUCGGCGGCUCCGGCGCCGGCGGGGAGCGGCGCGGCGGCGGGCAGUGUAACCUUGGGUGGGAGCGCACGGUGCUUCAAAAUGUCCUCCAGUGGCACCCUCAGCAACUACUACGUGGACUCGCUCAUAGGACAUGAGGGCGACGAGGUGUUCGCCGCGCGCUUCGGACCUCCUGGGCCCGGCGCGCAGGGCAGGCCCGCAGGUGUGGCCGACAGCCCGGCCGCCGCCGCGGAGUUUGCCUCGUGUAGUUUUGCCCCCAAAUCGGCCGUGUUCUCCGCCUCGUGGUCCGCGGUGCCCGCCCAGCCCCCGGCGGCGGCGAUGAGCGGCCUCUACCACCCAUACGUGCCCCCGCCGCCCCUGGCUGCCGCAGCCUCCGAGCCCAGCCGCUACAUGCGCUCCUGGAUGGAACCGCUGCCCGGCUUCCCGGGCGGCGCGGGCGGCGGCGGCGGCAGUGGAGGCGGCGGUGGCCAGGGCCCUGGUCCCAGCCCUGGCUCCAGCGGCCCACCCAACAGGCGCCACUACGGGAUUAAGCCUGAAACCGGAGCGGCCCCGACCCCCGCCGCCGCCGCCGCCACCUCCACCUCCUCCUCCACUUCCUCGUCUUCCUCAUCCAAACAGACUGAGUGCUCUGCGGCCCGGGAAUCCCAGGGGAGCGGCGGCCCCGAGUUCUCGUGCAACUCGUUCCUACGGGACAAGGCGGCGGCAGCAGCAACAGGGGGGACCCGGCCUGGGACAGGGAUCGGGGCUGGGGCCGGGACAGGCGGCUCGUCGGAGCCCUCGGCUUGCAGCGACCACCCGAGCCCCGGCUGCCCGCUGAAGGAGGAGGAGAAGCAGCAUCCGCAGCCACCACAGCAGCAACUUGACCCAAACAACCCCGCCGCAAACUGGAUCCACGCUCGCUCCACCCGGAAAAAGCGCUGUCCCUACACCAAAUACCAGACGCUGGAGCUAGAGAAGGAAUUCCUCUUCAACAUGUACCUCACCCGGGACCGGCGUUACGAGGUGGCAAGGAUUCUGAACCUCACAGAGAGACAAGUCAAAAUCUGGUUCCAGAAUCGUAGGAUGAAAAUGAAAAAGAUGAGCAAGGAGAAAUGUCCCAAAGGAGACUGACCCGUCGCGGCGCCGGCGGGACCGCCCUGUUUUGCAAAGGCAGUGGGGUUUUUUCUUUGUGGGUGCUUGAUUUCCAGAAACUCUCCGCGAUACGGACAUUUCACACACACCCCCCUUUAGGUAGAAGUGACUGUGUGGUUGGUCUCUGUGAGGUAUUUGGGGGACUCUAUAUUUGCUCGCUUAUAUGUUGGAGAAACCAAGUGGCUUUGGGGUUCUGCCCUGUCCCGUGCCCUCCCUUUCCUGCCCCGUUGGUUCCUUAGGAAAUGCUGUAUUUUGUGAGUGUACGCUGGCUUGAGCAGCCCUCUCCUUUGUAAAUGUCUUCCAUGUUUCUUAAAAGUGCUGUAGUUUAGACCCCAGCUCUGCUCGAGCAGGGGGCCACACGCGCCCCACUUCCGAGCAUGAAGGCAGAGCGACGGCAGUGUGGAGACUCUCCGAGGCGUGGCCGGGUAGCCCAGCGGUUAUGAAAGCCCCCUUUCCACAGGGAGCCCGCGGCCCUCGACUGAGACCUGGAAGGAGGCAGACAGAGGAGCCCAGGGCCUCCGGUGGAGCGGGGUGGGGGUUACUCAGUGCACUGGAGGAGCCGCUGCCCCAGGGAGGGCUCGGCUCGCGUGGGCGGCCGCGGGUGUAGGCCCUCCGGGUUCCUGCCUGAGGACCAGUUGUAAAUGUUACCGCUUCCUACCAAUAAAUGCUGACCUGAUCAAAUGGAGCCCAGACGCUGGCCCUUAACGCUGUGUGCCUGCUUUCUCUGUAUUUCUGCAAAAUAUCACUCUCAGGGACUCCUUCCCCGUCUUUGGGAGUGAGACACUGCUAAAAACCAGGGGUCCUUCCACCUGAGAGGUUGCUCUGAUUUCCCUCCGAGUCUCCCUUUGUGUGGGCAGACCCA